UUUAUUUAAGCCAUCUACAACUUCUUUAUACCCUCUUUUCUCUUCUCUCUUUCAAUGGCGGCCAAGAACGCAUUGUUGAAGUACCUUAGAGUUGAAUCUCGUCUUCCACAACAAUUACAAUUGCAAAAUCAUAGAUUUAUUGGAACCCCAUUUGUCCAAUUGUUCAAACGUCACUUCUCAGAGGAAGUUAGGGGGUCAUUUCUUGAUAAGUCUGAAGUGACAGAUCGUGUCAUUUGUUGUGUCAAGAACUUCCCAAAACUCGACCCAUCAAAGGUUACUCCAAAUGCCCACUUCCAGAAUGAUCUUGGUUUAGAUAGUUUAGAUACUGUGGAAAUUGUUAUGGCCCUUGAAGAAGAGUUUGCGUUUGAGAUUCCUGACAAUGAAGCUGAUAAGAUUAGCUCCAUUGAUCUAGCUGUUGCUUUCAUUGCAUCUCACCCCCAGGCUAAGUGAAGGAACAGACUAGCCUCAACUUUGCUCUUCGUUUAGGUUUUGGAUAAUUCAUAAGAAUGACAAUCACUUCCAUUAUCUAGUGAGCUUAUUCGCUUAAGAACUUCAUGUUUUGAAAUAAAUGAGCUGCAGUUUAGCAUUCAUUUGAAUUAGAUUUCUGGAAAUGGAUAAAAUGUUCUUUAUAUCUCAUUAUGUGAUUGUAGUUGAUGUGUCAAUAGUCCACACAUUGCUCAAGGGUGAAAUCAAUUGAUGUAAUUUAGAAGUGGAAUGAAUGAGUCAUUUAGUAUG